UCAAAUAUUAAAGUGGACACUUUAAUUGCAAUUUAAUAUGCUCUUAUGUAAAUAAAACCGAGUUUGCACACUUCAUUUAACGGGACGCCUCGUCUUCAACUCUAUAUCUCAACAUCAUCCAUUAAAAACUAGGAAUAUUCUUGUAUUCAGUGACUACAGGUGUUGGCUCAGAGUGAAUAUGAAUAUAACGCUGUGUGUGGCAGGCUCGAGCUUCGUGGUGCCCGUCGCAGGCUUCAUCUGUCGUCUCUGUGAUCAGUUCUAUCACUUCGAGUCUUCGGCUCGACACACACACUGCAAGACGCUCACACACUUCCAGAAUCUCAAGCGUUAUAAAGCCUUAAAGAAACAGGAAGAGUCCAGCUCAACCUCAGAAGAACCAGCAGACCACAUGAGUCCAGAUCAAACCGCUCUCAUCCCAAAACCAGCCCCGCAGACCCUACAGUCCUGCAGCAGACAGGAAGUCGAGACGCUCGCACAGGAAGAAGCCGUGGCCAGAGAGCCGGAGGACGAGGGGAAGUCGAUCCGGGGCCGGACUCCUGCUAAGAGACGAGGACGAGGAGGAAGACGACGCUGAGACACAGAGAGCUGUAUGCGCCUCAGAGGACCCUAGUGAAAGCACCCCCCGUAGACUGUGUGUGUUCAGACGGGAUCGUGACACACACUCACGCCUCUAGCCCUGUUUGUACAGU